AUGGGGCAAGUGUUCAGAGUGGAUGUGAGGGAGGCAGCUGUCAGGAACCAAGACCUCUAUGUGGCGGAGCUGAAUGGGCAACUUUGCCUUCCCGAUGCUCCAAACGCCAACCAAAAGGGCACCCAGUCCCGCACACUCCGCACUGAGAAUCGCCAUGCCGGGACAGCCACGCCGGCCAAAAGAGUCGCGCUGGCGACCCGUGGGGCUCCUCCGGCACUGCCAGCUCUGACCCAGCACCAUCUAGACAUGCGGCCCCUUGACACAGGGCUACAGCUGCUGCGGGACGCCUCCCCCUGCCCUCCUGUCACCACUGCCCCAGCCGCCUCACAGUCACCUGUACAGGAAAGGGUCAACCACGGCUCCUUCUUCCUCAUCAUCCUCAUCCACGCGGGUGCCCGUGGCAAACACACAGGCGUCUGGUCUUCCCUGGACACCACGAGCCAUACUGUCCAAUCCUUCUUCACUCCCGCCAACACCGACCGUCCACCCAACUAUGAGAUGCUGAGGGAAGAGCACGAGGUGGCUGCGCUGGGGGCGCCCCACAACCCAGCUCCCCUGACAUCCACCGUGAUCCACAUCCACAGCGAGACCUCUGUGCCCAACCACGUCAUCUGGUCCCUGCUCAGCACCCUCUUCAUGAACUCCUGCUGCCUGGGCUUCAUAGCGUUUGCCUACUCUGUGAAGUCUCAGGACAGGAAGAUAGUUGGUGACCUGACCAGGGCCCAGACCGAUGCCUCCACCGCCAAAUGCCUGAACAUCUGGGCCCUGAUCAUGGGCAUCAUCAUGACCAUUCUGCUGAUCAUCAUCCCAAUACUGAUUCUGCAAGCCUAUCAAGAGAUCGAGAGGAAUCAUCCAGGCCAGGGGCUCUGCCCGUGA